GUGAAAUUAACCUCUGUAGAAUCUGAGAAUUAAAUCGUUUCGUAGUUAGGAGUGCACCAAAUAUAAACCUAUCUUGGAUAAAUAAAUUCUUACCUGAACAAACAAGUAUCUUCAUUCAAUGUUCUCAAUCACACCUCUGUGUUAAACUAUCGGCAUUCUAAAAAUGGAUAAAGAUACUUCAAGGGUCUUCACACUCAACAAAACUUUGGAAGAGAUUCGGUUACUAAAUGCUAAAAAUGACAAACUACUAAAAGACUUUGGAAUCGACAUCGCCAACCUGAGCGAUGCCGCUCAAGAAGCGCUGGAUAACUAUGCCAAAAUUCGACAACUCACGGGUUUGGUUCAGCUAGAUCACUCCUUUGUAGACGAGUACUGCUAUCAGGAGCAAGCGAAGCGGCUAGAGGCACGACUUCAAGCGAUCCCACUGAAAGCCAGCAUCAAACAGCUGAAAGAGGACAUCAAACGAGAAGAGCAUGAACUGGCCAAGCUGGAAAGCUUCGUUACCGAAACCCAAUCGCAGCUGAUCCCAACGGACGCAAUGGAAAAGAUGCGGGUCACACGCGAAAAGCGAAUUGAAAUGCUGCGAAAUAAACAAAAAACACUGAUGGGCAAAGGCGACACCAUAAAGUUGGAUGAUCUGAUUGCUAAGGUCAACAGUCUGGAGGCAGAAGAGAACGCGUAAUUCGACUGAAAUCCCUUUCGUUAGUUGACAUCCAACACGAAUGUUCACUAUAGUGAUUCCCCGGAGUAAGCCGGAAAAAAACUUCAUUUGUAAUCAAUGGCACUUGAAUAAAAAAUCAACCGUU